AUGCACUCGUUCUGUGUUGUGCUUCUGGCGAUUACCAUCUUCCUGGCGACAUGCGCUACUGCCAUCGAUCAGUCUCCGCUGGUCAGCGUCGCCUCCACGGAGUUUGACGGAGGGCAUCGAGUGACUGAAGCUGCGAGAAAAACCAAACGAUCUCUGAGGCGGGGGAAGGCGUCUGAAGACAGUGGCGUGGAUGUGAAGGAACUUGAUGAAGAUCGAAUGUUCGACGAGGAAAAAAAUUUAGCCAAGGAUUUCGUUUUAUUCGUCAACUGGGGGAAGAACUUGCGGUCAGCUGCUGGCGGAAACAGACACUACUUGGAGUACAGGGGUUACAAAGCAUAUCUAGCCGACAUUGAGGCAAAGGCCAACGCGGCAGCUGCCAGAAAGCGCGACGCGGAACACGUAGCGAACUUGAAGUAG